CUGCUGCGUUAAAAACGUCACUUCCUGCCCGUGCUCAAAGGAACCACCAAUAUGAACCUCUCGCUUCCGGUAAUGCCUCCUUUUCGGCAGCGGCUAUUUCCUCGCCAACAUGCCACUCGCAAAAGACUUGUUGCACCCAUCCCCCGAGGAGGAGAAGAGGAGGCACAAGAAGAAGCGUCUUGUUCAGAGCCCCAACUCUUACUUUAUGGAUGUUAAAUGUCCAGGAUGCUACAAGAUCACGACGGUGUUCAGCCACGCUCAGACAGUCGUGCUGUGUGUGGGCUGUUCAACAGUCCUAUGUCAGCCCACUGGAGGCAAAGCACGUCUCACAGAGGGGUGCUCAUUCAGGAGGAAGCAGCAUUAGCUUAUCUCCCAGAGCUGAAAGGGAGAGGACGGGAUGGACUGGUUGAUAUCAGCGUCUUCUGCACUGAGAGGUUGGCAAACCAGAGCUGAAAACGAGACCUGAAGAUGAACUGGACAGCAGAUGAAGUUCCACUGUUCCCAUUGACAGAGUGCUGUAACUCCACUCUCCAACCCUGUCUCUCUUAAUAAAAUAUUGUUUUGGCUAAA